AUGGCUUCUCUAGCAUUUUCAGUCUCCAAAUCUUAUAUCUCGACGAAAGUGAGGAUUCUUGAUGGGUCUUGUGAUUGUUCCAAGGAUGAAAAAUCCAUUUUUGAGAAAGUUAAGUAUUCCACUAGGAGGAAAAGUGUUUAUUCGAACAAUACUAUUAUGAAUAUUGCCACCAAACCGCAGCCUGCAGUUGUUCCUUUAUCGCCAAAAAAGGUCGUCCCAAACGAUAGCAAGCUUGCAGCAUGGAGUAGUAUAAGGCAGGAGCGUUGGCAAGGAGAGCUUAGUGUUCAAGGAGAAAUACCACUGUGGCUGAAUGGAACAUACCUGAGGAACGGUCCAGGUCUUUGGCACAUCGGAGAUUACGGUUUCCGACACCUGUUUGACGGCUAUGCAACACUAGUCCGGCUGCACUUCGAAAAUGGCCGGCUCGUGAUGGGACACCGGCAAAUUGAAUCGGAGGCAUACAAGGCAGCCAAGAAGAACAAAAAGCUUUGCUACAGAGAAUUUUCUGAAGUUCCUAAAACUGACAAUUUCCUAUCCUACAUUGGUGAUCUAGCCAACUUAUUCUCCGGCGCCUCGUUGACGGAUAAUGCCAAUACCGGGGUCGUUAAACUCGGGGACGGCCGUGUUGUUUGUCUAACAGAAACAAUCAAAGGGUCAAUUGUUAUUGAUCCAAACACUUUGGACACAACUGGAAAGUUUGAGUACAGUGACUCAUUAGGAGGCCUGAUACAUUCUGCCCAUCCAAUUGUGACAGAUUCUGAUUUUUUAACGUUGUUGCCAGAUUUAAUAAAUCCUGGGUACUUGGUUGUAAGAAUGGAAGCAGGCACAAAUGAGAGGAAAAUUAUUGGUAGGGUGAAAUGUAGGGGUGGACCUGCCCCAGGUUGGGUUCAUUCUUUUCCAGUUACAGAACACUAUGUAGUUGUGCCAGAAAUGCCACUGAGAUAUUGUGCACAAAAUCUGCUAAAAGCUGAGCCCACACCACUGUACAAAUUCGAGUGGCACCCGGAGUCGAAAGGGUUCAUGCAUGUUAUGUGUAAAGCUAGUGGCAAGAUUGUGGCAAGCGUAGAAGUUCCUUUGUAUGUGACAUUUCACUUCAUCAAUGCAUACGAGGAGAAAGAUGAAGAUGGAAGAGUGACAGCCAUCAUCGCUGAUUGUUGCGAACACAACGCUGACACAACCAUCCUGGAAAAGCUCAGGCUACAAAAUCUCCGAUCAUUCUCCGGUGAAGAUGUCUUACCAGAUGCAAGGGUUGGUCGAUUUAGAAUACCAAUGGACGGGUCUCCAUAUGGAAAGUUAGAAGCAGCAUUGGAACCAGAGGAACAUGGAAAAGGAAUGGACAUGUGCAGCAUCAAUCCUGCUUAUUUGGGAAAGAAAUACAGAUAUGCCUAUGCUUGUGGAGCUCAACGCCCUUGCAACUUCCCAAACACCCUCACCAAGAUUGAUCUAUUUGAGAAAAAGGCAAAGAACUGGCUCGAUGAGGGUUCUAUACCCUCCGAACCACUUUUCGUGGCUCGUCCUGGUGCAACUGACGAAGAUGACGGAGUAGUUAUCUCAAUGAUUAGCGACAAAAAUGGCGAAGGGUACGCCCUACUACUCGACGGAUCCACAUUCAAGGAAAUUGCCAGAGCAAAAUUCCCUUAUGGCCUUCCAUAUGGACUCCAUGGAUGUUGGGUUCCAAAAGCUUAA